AUGUUAGUGGAAAACAUCAGCUCUGUGAAGGAUUUUGUCAUAGUUGGCUUUCCUGGACUUCAGCCUCAUUACUAUGGCCUAAUAUCAGCCAUUCUGUUUCUUGUUUAUGUGUUUACAUUGGUGGGAAAUGCUGUAUUUUUUACAGCUUUUGUAACAACUAAGAGCCUUCAGAGGCCUGUAUAUUAUUUCAUUAUAAAUCUAGUCAUGUGUGAUGUACUAUUCAGCACAGCAACAUUACCAAAGAUUAUCAGCAGAUACUGGUUCCAAGAUGGAACCAUUUCAUUCUUGGGUUGUUUUGUUCAGAUGUUCUUUGUGCAUUAUUUAGGUGGUGUUUGUUCAAAUGUUCUGGUAGUAAUGGCUAUGGAUCGUUAUGCAGCAAUUUGUUAUCCACUUCAAUAUCAUAGUCUCAUGACAAACCGAAAUGUAGUCAUUUUGAUCAUUGGCUCUUGGAUUUUGAGUUUAGCAGGACCCUUAAUGAUAGUCAUCCGAGCUUACCCUCUCCCUUAUUGUGCCGAAAACACCAUUAUACACUGUUACUGUGAUCAUGUGUCUGUUACAACAUUGACGUGCACUGAGAGAUCACUGUAUAGUAUUCCAGCCCUCAUUUAUGCCCUUGUAGUACUAGUAGGCUCCUUUGCUGUAUUUUCUUACUGCUCCAUCUUUGUGGCAGUUAUGCGAAUCUCAAGCACUCAAGGAAGGAUGAAGACUUUCUCCACCUGCAGUCCUCAACUCAUCAUAAUUGCUCUCUAUUUUCUACCCAGGUGUCUUAUUUAUUUAUUUGGCAACAUUGGUGUGAAGUACAGUACUGAUUUGCGAUUAUUCAUUGUUAUGAUGUAUAACCUACUACCACCCAUGAUAAACCCUCUGAUUUAUUGUUUGAGAACAGAAGAGGUAAAAAAGAUUUUAAAAAGACCAUUCCAAAAGAAACAAAUUGGCAUUCCUUUACAGUCGUACAGUACUGAUUUGCGAUUACUCAUUGUUAUGAUGUAUAACCUACUACCACCCAUGAUAAACCCCCUGAUUUAUUGUUUGAGAACAGAAGAGCUAAAGGAGAAGGACUGGUCCUUUCUCCUUGAUGCCCCGAUUUCGUCUACUGGACUCUUCGGAACUGCUGUUGAGACACCUCCUGAACCUGCUGCAAGGCCCAGCUGGUGGCAGGGUCGGAAAGCAAGUGUCAUUGUGAGAGCCCCACCUCUGAGGACCCGUGAUGCUGGGAAGCAGCCUCUCCCAAAGCCGAGACAGGACCUCAGGGAAGUCAUUGAAGCUAGGAAGUGA